CCUUAUGCCGCCAGUUUUAAGUUAUUAUCUUUCAAUUUUAUUCAAGUUGGUGCGAUGAGUGCUUCUUCGAGUGAUGGUUCCUCCACUGGUGACGGUGAUGCCAUUCAAGUUUACUUGCGGGUGCGGCCUCCCGAAUUGGGGGAGGGGGAGUUGAGGCUGCACCGGGCCCUGGAUGUGGAUCAGGACAGAAAUGCUGUUAUACUCCACUCAAAACCCGAACCUAAGGUUUUUACAUUUGACCAGGUCGGUGAUGUCGACAUUGGUCAGAGCUCUGUGUUUUCAGCAGUUGGCAAGAAACUGAUUGAAAGCUGUGUCCAAGGCUACAAUGGCACAAUAUUUGCAUAUGGUCAGACUGGAUCAGGGAAAACUUACACCAUGAUUGGCCCUGCAGAACACGGGACAAACUUUGAGCAUGAACAUAGAGGAAUUAUACCACGCAGCUUUGAGUAUCUGUUUGACUUAAUCAACCGAGAGAAAAACAUACAUGGGGAUGCUAAACAGUUUCUUUGCCGAUGUUCGUUUCUUGAGAUUUAUCAAGAACAGAUUUUCGACUUGCUGGACGCUGCUUCGUCUAACUUGCAUCUGCACGAGAACAUGAAAAAGGGAGUGUUUGUUGACAGUCUGACGGAAAGAACAGUGACCAGUGCGAAUGAGGUCUAUCAGGUUCUGGUGACUGGAUGGCAAAACCGCCGAGUUGCUUCCACUUCGAUGAACAGGGAAAGUUCCAGGAGUCAUGCAGUGUUCACUCUGCAGAUUGAGUCAAAGGAGGAGAAAUCCGGCCUCCACAACGUGCGGAUGUCUCAGCUGAACCUGGUGGAUCUGGCUGGCAGCGAGAGACAGAAGGAUACGAAGUCUGAUGGAGCACGACUCAAAGAAGCAGGAAGUAUUAACACGUCGCUAUCGGAGCUUGGCAAUGUAAUCAAUGCACUGGUUGACAAGGCGCAUGGAAAACCCAGGUUUAUUUCCUACAGAAACUCCAAACUGACUUUCCUCUUGAGGGAUUCACUUGGAGGCAAUGCAAAGACGUGGAUUGUGGCUUGUGUACAUCCUGGAACCAAAUGUUUUGGUGAAACAUUAUCCACUUUGAUGUUUGCCAGAAGGGCUAAAAUGAUUAAAAACAAGGCGGUUGUCAACCAAGACACAUCAGGAAAUGUUGUGCAUUUGCAGCUCGAAAUUCGCAGAUUGAAGGAAGUUGUUGCCCAAUAUAAAAUGUCGGGACCUUCUAACUUGUCAGAUUGUGAUCAGGGUGUUGCAGGUUCAGAAUGGAAAGAUAACUUUUAUGAAGCCAUGAUGUAUGUAGAAAAUUUGAUGUCCGAGAAAAAAAUGUAUGAAGAAGUUAGAAGGGAUUUUGAGAAUGUACUGAACAAAAAGGAAAAGAACUGCCUGACCUUGCGCAUGAUAAUAAAGUUUCGAGAAGAAACCAUCAAGAAACUGGAGUCUUCCAACAAUUGCAUCAACCAAGAUGAGCGUGUUAAAGAACUGAAGCAGGAGCUAGCUGUUGUGAAGGAUGAUUCCGAGCACCGUGCCCAGGUCGCCAGGCUGAUGAUGGAGAACAAACUGUUGAAGGCCAACUUGAAGCAGCUGAAUGCCUCGGAGCAAGUCACUGGGUGCAGGGCCAAGAAGGCAAUGCUGCACACUUUGUUCCAGGAGCUUAUGAAAACAAAACAGAUCGCUGAUCCAAUGAUCUGCAGUCCCCGUCCACCAAACUGUGCUACAGGCACGGAACUACUGAAGUCAAAGAUUGAACAGCUGCAGAAUGAAAUUGAUAUACUGAAAAAGUCUCAGCAGGAGGAACGACUAGCUACCGAGAAAAGACAGCUAGUCACCGAAGCAGAACUGGUGGCCUCCAAGCAAAUGGUUGAGGCGUUACAGAAAAGUCUUGCAGUGAAAGAAUUGACCACCAGUAUUAACCAGAGAGAGAUGAACACCCUGCAUUCCAAUACAAUAAGGGUGAUGACAACACCGAAUAAUGCAUGUUACAAAUUACGCAACCGAACUGUUGUGUGCAACUCUGACGAUCCCGCCUCCCCGGCUAUGGGUGAAGUGGAUGUUUCCAUAGAAGAAGAGGGGAUCUCAGGCGAGAAUAUUCCCUCUAUGAUGAUGGAGACUGCAGUGCAGGCCUUGACGGAUGAGGUCACUCAACUCAUGUCUAUAAACUCCAACAUGCAGCAGCGUAUUGACGAGUAUGAACUAGGCAUGAUCCAUCAGCAGAAGCAAGUCACUCAGCAAGAACACCAAAUAGAACAGCUGAACCAGAUACUGCAGAAAGAGCGUGAGGCGUGGGUCAAUAAAAAAACCGAGUUCACACAGAGGGAGCGGUCACUGAAGGAUGCUUUGGCUGAAAGCAGUCUUAAGUCUGAUGUCUCCGAAAGUGAAGUGGAAGAUCUGAGAAUAAUGUCACUGCAGAUGGAGCGAGAGAAUGUUGAGUUGAAAUGUAAAAACAAAGAGCUAACAGAAAAGACUCGCAGUGUUUCUACUUUGGAAACAAAGAUUGUUCAGCUUGGAUUGACUUUGGACAGACUGACUGUAGAGCUGGACGAUUUAUCCAAAGAACGAGACCAGCUGCUGGAGAGACUUGAGACAAGUGAAGAAACACUGCAGUUCCAGGAGCAGUGCAUUGAGGAUCUAGAAAAAGCAUUGAAAGAAUCCAAGGAGGAAAAGGCGGCAAUGCAAGCUGAAUUGGAGUCGUUUGUACAGUCUCAGGGUGUCGUCAAGGAGCAGAUGGACAAAUUCAAACUUCAGAUUGAGCAAGAGGAUGAAGAACAGAGUAAGCAGAUUCUUCACUACGUGGAAGAGCUUGCUAAAGCUGCGGCUGCCAGUGAUCGGCUACAGAAUAUGUUGGACGCUCAGGAUCAGAAUGUGGAGCUGCUCAAGAAAGAACUCGAUGCAAUUAAAGCAUCGGCAGACGAGUACGAAAAGUGCAAAGCCGCUGACAAGGAGGCCAUACAGACACUGGUUGCCUCUGUACAGAGUUUGAAGACGAAGCUAGCAGACAGUGAAAAUGAGCGAGAGUAUCUUAGCGCCCAGUUUGACAGUCAGUUGUUGAUGUGUGAUGACCUGCAUGGUGUGAACGAGGACUAUGCGGAGAAGUUGGACUCGUUACAGGCGCAGAUAGAAACACUACGACAGGAGAAACAAGAGGAGAGCUUCAAGCAUGACUUCAAGCUGAGUAACCAAGCCGAAAGCUUGGAUUCUUUGAUGGAUUCUUUCACCAAGAUGGAAGCUGAAUUGCAAGAUGCAUAUAAACAAAUUGAACUGCUACAGGCUACUCAAAAUGAACUGAAGAUAAAAUCAAAAGAUGAGAUGAAUCAGCUUGAGUUUCGCCAUUCCCAGGCUCUUCAAGAAUUUCAAAAUCGCUUGGAGCCCGAUGAAUCUGUGAAAGAAGAACUUUCAUCAUAUCCUUUCAUAUCGGUUCUAUGCAGCAGGUUCAACGUUGUGAGAAUUGCCGAGUAA